AUGGACUAUAAUCACAACAAACUGCUGGGAAAAUUUCAAAGAUUGGAACUGGACAUUGAUUAUGCCAACAAGGAGUAUCUUGGAGAUGAGCCAUUCCAGGACAUUACAGACCUGUCUGCCAAGCUGUAUAAACUCAAAUGUGCAUUCCUGCAAUAUGAUAUUAAUGGCAGUGGAGAAAUUGAUUACAUGACCUUCCAUGUCAUGGCACAAGGGCUUGGUAUCUAUAGAUCUAUGUCAGAGUUGAAGAAACGGGUACAGGAGAUAACUGGUAAUAAAACUUGUUUUAUCACUUACAAAGACUGUGCAAUGGCCAUGUUGGGUCGUCGAUCUACUAUGUGCCAACGGAUACUGACUUACAGUGAAAAAGGUGGAGAGUUUGUGAGAAGACCCUGCUUAUUGGACAGUAAAGCUCCCAGCUAUGUCAGUUACCUGGAAUUUGCUGUACAUCCUUCUCGUAACAUGCCUUUAUCUCCUGUUCAAUACUUUCCUCCACCUCCUCCACCAUCUCCUGCUGACAUGGAUGUAUUUUCAGUCACCAGGACCUUUUCUACAGCUCACCAUUCUUUUGGAAAACUGAAGCGUGGUCUUGAGUAGCAAUUUAGAUGUCUUGUCUUGUCUUCACUUAAGAGUUUUUUGUGUUAUUUUUUUUU